AUGUAUCAUCUUUUGUUCUUGCAAUAUGUUGUUUUAAAUGCUCUAUUUCUUUCUAAAACAACGAAAGCAUUAAACUUCACCGCACAAUGUUGGAAUCCGAUAGAAAUCCAAUUGACCGCACAAUAUAAUUAUUCAAAUCCUUAUAUUGAUGUUGACGAUUUCAAUGCAAGUUUCAUAUCACCAACUGGAGAGACAAUGACGAUGUCUGGAUUUUGGGAUGGUGGACAAAUAUGGAAAAUUCGUUUCGCGCCAACAGUAAUUGGUCUUUGGCGUUAUCAAACACACGCUACUGAUGUUGGUCUCAAUAACCAGACUGGUUUUAUUCUAUGUCAUUCGUAUACAGGAUCAUUACCUAUCUAUACACAUGGAUUUAUAAAACCCAGUGCAAACAAUCGAUAUCUAACGUAUGCUGACGACAAACCUUUCUAUUGGCUAGGAGACACACAUUGGUCAGGUUUUAAUAUUGCAGAACGGUAUAAUCAGUCAAAUGAUGCACGAUUCAGUUCUAUGUUUAAAGGUUUAGUUGAUCGUCGAUGUGAACAAGGUUUUACCGUGUGGAAAGGAGAAACAUUUGCAAAUAAUGCUGAACAGGGCAAUCCUCCAUCGAAUGAAGGUGGACCGGCUUGGGGAAAAGGUGGCUUCUUCAUUGAUUUGAAUAUAGGUUUUUGGCGAAAUAUCGAUUAUCGCAUACAAUAUUUAGCAUCGAAAGGCAUGGUUAUCUCCAUUGCUCAAGGUAUCGGUCGAAGUAUGAAAAAUGCUUCUGUCGAAUCUGAUCAUAAACGUUUAGCACGUUACAUACUGGCACGGUACGGUGCUUAUCCAACCGUCUGGGUAACUGCUCAGGAAUAUAAUGAUGCAUACUCCGGAGCAUGCGGCCCAUGUUGGGCACGUGUUGCUGCUUAUGUCUUCGAUCUUGAUCCAUAUAAACGUGCCAACAGUAUGCAUAAUGCUGCAACGAACCCAAUCGCAUAUCAUGAUCAAUCAUGGUACGGCUUUGUCACUCUACAACAGGCUCACAAUCGAGUCAAUUCGGUUGACUAUUGGCUUGCACAAUAUGAUGCUACUCCGGCAAAGCCGAUUCUUGAAGAUGAAGCAAACUAUGAAGAUAUCAUACCACCCUAUGGAGGUGGAACAAUAACACCAAAGUGGAAAACUCGACAAAGUGCAUGGCAAUCACAAAUUGCCGGAACAUUUGGAUUUACUUAUGGAGCACAAGGGAUAUGGUGGGGCUGUUAUACAGUACAAGAUUCAAACUUUAAUUGUGGUACGGGUAGUGAUGCACGAGCUUGGAAUAUGGCGAUAGAUUUUCCCGUUGGCGAACAAAUGUCCUUCAUGGCGCAGUUUUGGACAUCAAUCGAUUGGUGGACCUUAAGUCCUGAUAACAAUAGUAUUGUUUGGUCUAAUGCUCCUACUGAUACCCAACGACCAUAUCAGAAAUCAGAUGGAGAUAAUCGUGCUUUAGUAGUUGCUUAUUUACCUUUGCAGUUGAAUGGAACUGUGUAUAAUGGAACAGUGACGAACUUAUCACCAACAGACAUAUACAUGUCACGUUGGUUCAAUCCACGCAAUGGAGCUUAUACAAUUAUAGACAAAGGAUGGACACCGACGAAAACCGGACUCUGGAGCAUUCCAAACCAACCUACCUUUUCUGACGAUUGGGUACUUCUGAUUCAACGUAUAAAUGAUUUGACCGAACCAAACCUUUAUCGCAUGAAAAAAUAG